AUGAAUGUAAAAACAUCAGAAGAUGUUUACAAUUUUGCUAAAGACUGUUUAAAAAUAAAAGAAGAAAUAGAUAAUAGCACGAAGAAGAUCCCCAAGAAGGAAAAAAAAAAGAACACAUGUCAAUGGAGGAACAAUUCAUCCAAGUACAACUCUGAUUAUUCAAAGUUUGAAAGCUGCCUUAAAGAAAUCGAGGAAAAUGAGGAACUCGAGGAGAAGGAGGAUCACGAGCAGCAGCAGGAGCAGAGGAAGAAAAGCAAGGCACAGGAAAACAAACAGCACUUCCUAAGUAGUAGGAACCCAUGUACCCAUGACCAUUCCAAGGAAAGACAGCUAUAUGAGAAAGAAUCAAAAGAAAAAAUAAAAGCUUCGAACGCUUUUAAUGAAGAGGGGAAGAAAGCGUUUUACGAAAAAAAUUACAAACUCGCUUGCGUUUACUUUCGAAAGGGGCUAAUACAGUUGGAUUAUUCCUUCCCCGACUCAGAGCAAGAACAGGCUGAACAGAGCAGACUCGAAAUUAACUUACAUUUGAACCUUGCCACAACGAAGUUUCACAUGUCCAACUAUCACGAGUGCAUCAGUGAAUGCUCCACGGUUCUCAACCUAGACAAGAACAACGCCAAGGCGCACUACCGAAAGGGGCAUGCCUACAUGAGCCUGGAUAUGUAUAGUGAAGCGAAGGAGGAAUUCUUAAAGGCGCUCGAAAUGAACCCCACAGACAAUGACGUGAAAAAGUCGAUACUGACUCUGAAGAGCAAAAUUGUCAGUUAUACCAAGAGGGAGAAAUUACUGUGCUCUAAGUUUUUUCCUUCCAGUGAAAAAGAAAACGAAAAAGAAGACGAAAACUUAGCGAUGGGGAAAAAGGGACCCAACAAUACCUACGCAACGGAUCAACCAAAUCGUGAUGGUGACAACAUAGAACAAUCCGACGCCGCUAAGAGUAUACCUAUAAUGACCUCACAGAAUUAUCGCACGAAAGACGUUGAAAAGAAAAGCGUCACUACCAGCAACAUGACACUAAAUUUGGGGGAAAAAGACCCUUGCGGCUGUUCCCACAAAAGGAAGGAAUACUUCCCAACUUUUACAUCGAACGGGUCGAAUUUUUUUAAAAACUUUUCUCCAAUUUUCUUAUUAAACAACAUAUUUUUGUACCUCCUGGUUUCCCUCACGUAUUACGGAUUUGUGUAUGUUCCCAAAACAACAAAGAAUUAA